AUGAAGAAGAUUCAAAUUGCAACUGUUACCUUGAUUCUCAAAGCUGAUUACUCGAUCAAUUCUUGUCCCUUACAGACUCAAUGGCGAAGAUUCCAUGCUCUUUCUGCAUACAAUCAGCAAAAGAAAGCAAAUCUAACACUUCAAUGCCUCUGGAGAGCACGGGUGGCAAGAAAAGAGCUUAGAAAGCUGAGAAUGGCUGCAAGAGAAACUGGGGCGCUAAAAGAAGCCAAGGACAAGCUGGAAAAGCGUGUUGAAGAGCUAACAUGGCGAUUAGAUUUCGAAAAGCACUUGAGGAUUGAUCUUGAAGAAGCGAAGGGGCAAGAAAUUGCAAAAUUGCAGAAUGCUCUACAUGAAAUGCAGGGGCAACUAGAUGAAGCUCACGCCACAAUAACUCAUGAGAAAGAAGCAGCAAAGAUAGCCAUUGAACAAGCCCCACCCGUUAUCAAAGAGGUACCAGUCGUGGACAACACCAAGGUGGAGCAAUUGACAAAUCAAAACCAAGAACUCGAGGGUGAAGUAAGAGAGCUUAAGAAGAGAAUGCAGGAAUUUGAGCAGAAGUAUUCUGAUGUUCAAACAGAAAGCCGGGCCAGACUUAAAGAGGUAGAGGAAUCACAGCUGAGAGCAACACAACUUCAGGAGGCCAUUGAAAGAUUAGAACUGAACUUGACCAACCUUGAAUCUGAGAACCAGGUUUUACGCCAGCAGGCUUUGGCUGCAUCAACUAGCGAGGACCUCUCCGAGGAAAUGGAAAUCGUCAAGAGCAAGAUUACAACCUUGCAAUCAGAAAAUGAGUUCCUCCGCAACCAGAAAGUAAUUGUGGAGCAAAUAACUAGUCCUGAACAGGUUUCGCCACAAAUGAAGAAUCUUGAUAAUGGACAUGAAAUUUAUCAUGGAUGUCCAACAGAGGAUGAAUAUCAAGCAACAAAAGUGGAGCAACAAACCACAAAAGAAUCAGGCCCUCUUGGCUCCCUCCUCACUAAACAAAGAUCCCUAACAGACAGACAGCAGGAAAACCAUGAUGUAUUAAUCAAGUGUCUCAUGGAAGAUAAGAAAUUUGACAAAAGCAGACCUGUCGCUGCCUGUAUUGUGUACAAAGCACUUCUACAGUGGAGAUCUUUUGAAGCAGAAAAGACACAUGUAUUUGACAGGAUUAUUCACACAAUCCGAUCAUCUAUAGAGAGUCAGGAAAACAUCAAAGACCUAGCAUAUUGGCUGUCAACGACUGCUACACUAGUGUUCCUUCUUCAAAGUACAAUCAAGGCAAGCAAUGCACCAGCGGCUUCACAACGUAACCGAACCUCGCCCGCCACCUUGUUCGGCAGAAUGGCACAAGGUUUUCGUGCAUCUUCAAUAAGCAUGGGAACAUCCAGUGGAUACAGCGGAAUGGAUGGAAAGCCAGACACACGAUCAAAGAUAGAAGCCAAGUACCCGGCCCUGUUGUUUAAGCAACAUCUAACUGCAUGUGUUGAGAAAAUAUAUGGAAUGAUUCGUGAUAGCCUGAAGAAAGAGAUAAGUCAGCUCCUAAACUUGUGUAUACAAGCACCAAGAUCUGCAAGGGUAAGACAAAUAAGGGGAUCAUCCAAAAGUAUCCAUUCAAAUAUAGUUGCAAAACAACAGGCGUCAAGCAUACACUGGCAAAGUAUUGUAAACAGCUUGGAUCAUACCUUGGGCAUACUGUCUGAAAACUAUGUCCCUUCCAUUAUCACAAGGAAAAUCUUCAGUCAGAUAUUCUCAUUCAUAAAUGUCCAGCUUUUCAAUAGCUUAUUGCUUCGCCGUGAGUGCUGCUCAUUCAGCAAUGGAGAGUAUGUCAAGGCUGGUUUGCAAGAACUGGAACAAUGGUGCAUUAGAGCAACAGAUCAGUUUGCUGGAUCGUCAUGGGAGGAACUUCAACACAUAAGACAAGCUGUUGGAUUUCUGGUGUUGCAUCAAAAGCCUCAUAAAUCAUUGGAAGAGAUCACAAAUGAGCUCUGCACGGUGCUGAGCAUUCCACAAAUAUAUCGCAUUGGAACCAUGUUUUGGGAUGACAAAUAUGGAACCCAAGGAUUAUCUCCGGAGGUGAUAGGCAAGAUGAGAGCAUUAAUGGCAGAAGAUUCAAUUAACCUGCCAAAUAAUUCUUUCUUGCUUGAUGUGGAUUCGAGCAUACCUUUCACAAUGGAAGAGAUAUCCCGAUCUUUCCCUGAUAUCAGUCUAUCUGACGUGGAGCCACCAGCUCUCCUUCGUCAGCGGUCAGAUUUUCAUUUCCUGUUGCAGUCAACAGAUUGAGCAUUUCACUUUAGUUUUCUAUGAUUACCAUGAAAAAAAAAACGUAAACAUAAAUUACUGUAAGUAGUUGCAUUUCCCAUUAGCUUUUUCAAUGGGUUGAGAGAGUGAGUCAACGAGUGCUCAAAAUGUAAUUGCCUUUUUUCUUUUUCUUUUUUUUUUUUU